CCUCCGCCAACUGCUUUAAAUCAGCCGGUACAACACACACAUUCUGCAUAAACACUUUGUCCACCAUUUUCCUAACACCGAGUAAAGAUCGAUCGGAUGGAAGCCUUUGCUAUGGGGUUCGCGGAGGGCGUCACUACGUCCCUCUUAGGGAAGCUAGGAAACAUCCUGGCAGAAGAAGCAGGAUUGCUUGCAGGCGUCGAAGAUGACAUACAGUACAUAAUGGAAGAGCUCAAGAGCAUGGACUCCUUCCUGGCCGUCCUGUCUUCCUCGUUGGAUCAUAACAAGCAAGUGAAAACAUGGAUGGAUCAAGUUAGAGAUUUGGCUUACGAUGCCGAGGAUUGCGUUGACGUGUUCCGACAUCGUCUCCGGAGGUCUCGCCACCAGCAUCCACUGGCAGGCGUGCUCCUCCGUACUGUUCGCCUGCUGAGGACACUCGAAGCACGUCACUCUAUCGCAACUGACCUGCGCAAGCUAAAGCUCCGCGCUCGCGAUGUGAGCGAGAGGCGUGCACGCUACGCCCUCGGAAUUGGCCCUUCUCCGGGAGGCGCAAGAAGUUUCAGCUCAAGUAGUGCCUCCAGCUCUUCUGGCCUUCUUCGACGUUGUGCUUCUUUUGUGAAGGAAGUUGGACCCAUGGGCAUGGAUCAUUACAAGCGUGAUAUUGUUGGGCGGCUAAUGGAGGAGAACGAUCCCCAACUCAAGGUAAUUUCUAUCGUCGGCAUUGGUGGAUUGGGCAAGACGACUCUGGCAAAGAUGGUAUAUCAAAGCUCGGCCGUCACCGGCGGCUACUUCCAAGCCCGCGCAUGGAUUGAGAUGCCACGAUGUUUCAAGAUCGAGCCACUUCUCCGAAACAUGAUUCGACAAUUCUCCUCCAUGGGUCAGCAGAUCCUAGAUAUCUUGGGGGUUGAUCCCAUGAAUCCGGGAGCG